AUGGACGCAAACGCUCAAGGCGGUCCGCCGACGGCCGAGAUCGCCGAGGUCGACAUCGAGUUACCGGCGCCGCCUGCACCGCCUGCACCGCCUGGCCCGACACAGGUUGUCGAGCCGAGCGCGCCAGCACAGCCCGAACAGGAGCUCCCACCCUCCGCUGCUGCGCUGUUUGCGUCAGCGCGCGGCGACCGGUUGAAGCAGGCUGCGGAGCGGCGUAUCCCCGAGCACCGCGAGCAGCCGGCGCCUCCUGAAGCGCCAGCGGCCGCUGCUGAGGCCGCUCCCGAGGCCACUCCUUCCGAUCCUACCGCCGACAUUCCCGCUCCCUCCGCACCCGUCUCUCAAGCCCCCUCCGAUACCCCCGAGGAGAAAGUGAAGAAGACGAAGAAGAAGGCCAAGAAGACCAAGGCGAAUAAGGCCGAGACCGAGGACAAGCCCGUCCCCGAGGCUGUCCCGGUCGAGGAGCCCUCUCCCCCUCCUCCCCCUCCCAAACCGACCCUCUCGCCCGAGGACGCGGCCCGCGUCGAAGCCCAACUGAAGCGCGACCUGGCGGCCACGCCGGCGCAGCUGAACCCUCCCCUCGCCGCGUCAAUCUUCCGGAGCGCGAGUGAGCCGGGUUCUGACCGCCCGGUAGCUGAGCAGGACCACGAGAAAGUCUCGGCAUGGCAAGAGGAUGAGUUCCAGCGCCGCCUGAGGGGCGAGUACGAGUCGGCUCCGCAGUCUGUCGGCGAGAUCGUGUGGGGGAACAUGGAACGUCCCAUGCGCGUGACCUCCAUCCGCCUUUCCCCUCCUCCCCCGACAACCAGGCGCGACUUUAUCGACGCCAUGCUCAGGCCGUUCUUACAGCCCACCUGGCCGGCGUGGCUGUACGGUGUCCCACCGAAGGGGGAGACGCUGCAUGAAGUUCUCCUGAGCACCAAGUAUAUGCUCGCGCAUAUUGAUCAGCUUGGCGUGUUCGAUGCCGCGCACACGGGCGUACGCCUCGAGCCUUCACCCUCUGGCAAUCCUGACGAGAUCGAGCUCGUCCUGUCUCUCCGGGAACGGGGCCGGCUCUUCCUCAAGGCCGGCACCGAGUUUGGCGGUAAUGAGGGCGGCGGAAACGUCACUGCGCGUAUACGUAACGCGCUUGGCGGUGGUGAGGCACUCGAACUCAACGCCAGUCUCGGGACAAAGACCCGUUCAGCGUUCCAGGCCUCCCUUGGGGUUCCGGUUCUCGCAUCGCCAUACCUCAAUUUCCAGGUGUCGGCGUUCAGCCUUGACCGGGACAACACGGCGUUUGCGAGCCACCGCGAACUGGCCCAGGGCGGGAGACUCAAGCUCGCCGCACUGACGCCAUGGGGUAACCAUGAUUUGGUGUACGAAUAUGUCUCGCGUGAGAUUGGGCAUCUUCAGCCCAAGGCUAGCGUUUCAAUCCGAGAGCAAGCUGUUCCCUCGACCAAGGCGUCAAUCUCACACUCGUGGACAAGCGAUACCCGCGACGACCCGUGGUGUGCCACAGCCGGGCGCCUGCUCAAGGCCACGCAUGAAUAUGCCGGCUUACCCGGCAGCUCGGAGUUUGCUCACUUCCUCAAGAGCACGACACAGAGCCAGACCUCGCGUCCUAUCUUCCCUGGUUCCAAUGUCUUCGUCUCCGUGUCGUCGUUCACGUCGCUUCUCUACCCCCUCUGGAAGGGCGAGGGUAAGAGUUACCUCCCCGACCGGACGUUCUUGGGCGGUCCGAACUCGGUGCGCGGAUUCAAGGUCGGCGGACUAGGGAUGAGCGAUAAGACGGACUCGCUGGGCGGAGACCUGGCAUACGCGCUGGGCGUGAGCAUGAUCGGGCCUAUUCCGAACAAGGAACACUGGCCGCUCAAGUUGCACACGUUCAUGAACGUUGGCAAGGUGCUGCGGUAUGACCAGACGCGCAACUUUGCCGAGAACAUGGCCAAGCUCUACACUUGCCCGUCGCUGUCUGUCGGCGUGGGUCUGUUCUACCGAUUCGACCCGCUCCGUAUCGAGCUCAACUUUUCGAUGCCGCUCAUCGCGCGCAAGGGCGAACGCCUAGCGCGGGGCUUCAGUGUCGGCAUGGGCAUCGAGUUUUUGUAG